CCGCGGCGCAGAAGUGCGGCAGGGAGGCGCGGCCGCUCGCGCUUCCGCGCGCCCCGGCCGCGAUGGAGGGGCCGGCCACGCUGGAGCAGACCAGGUGGUCUGAGGCGCCCGAGAUGUUGGAGGCGCGGGCGACGCAGCAGGGCCCCGCUCCCGGCGGGAGCUUGCAGAGCAAGAUGCCGAUGUGGAGCUCGUCACCCGGGCUCGAGGGGGCCUCGGAGAGGGAGCUCGACGUCGCGUCGUCGCAGGAGGACCUCCUCGGCGGCAUGCGCGGCACGCGGAGGCCCCGGGCCGCUCUCCCCGCGGCGCCGCUGGGCGGCCCCGCCGCGGCCGCGCUCCUGGCGUGCCUCUUCGCGCUCGGCGCCGGCGCCGGCCUGCUGGCCGGCCGGCGGCCCGCCCCGCGGGGGGCCCGCGGCGGCGUGAGCCUGGCGCUGGGCGACCUGUCCUCCCAGGAGGACGGGGGGCGCAACGCGUCCCUCUCCCAGAGGGCGCUCGUGGGCCAGGCGUUCGUCCACCUCUCCGCGGAGGAUGCCGGCAUGAUGGUCGAGGACCACAUGCUCGUCCUGGAGCCGGGGACCGCGCUCGAGGACCUCCACAGGAUCGAGCGGGUCUACGCAGAGACCGGCACCCUGCGCCUGUACAGCGGCCUCCAGUUCUCGCACCCGGCGGGCGCGACGGUGGCCUCGCUGCCGCCCACGGACGACAUCUUGGCGGAGCACGACGCCACGGAGACGGCCCAGUUCGCGCGCUUCACGAGGCCCGUGAAGUCUGCCGAGCCGGCGGGCAGCACCGUUCUCACGAUGGAAGAGGGCUGCGGCGAUUUCGACAUGGGGGACAAGAUCGAGCUGUCCAGCGAAGAGGGGCACUACGAGAUGAACAUGAUCACCAGCAUCACUGCGAGUGCUGCCGAUGGUGACUGCGAGUUCCACCUGGCCUACCCCCUGCACUACGAGCACAGCGCCACCUCUGCUGUAUCCAAGAUGGUCCCCAAGGACGCGCUUCUUCUCCACACGCCGGCGCCGACGCCGGUGCCGACGCCGGUUCCGCCGCCGACACCGAAGGCGCCGGCCGCGUCGUUCGUCGUCAGCAACGUCGACUUCGGCGGGCUCGGCUCGCCCGACAUCGAGCGGCUGCAGAGCGCGUGCCGGGAGAAGAUCGCCGCAGCGGCGGGCGUGGACGCCGCGGAGGUGGCUGUCGUCCUCGCGCAGGGCUCCGUGCUCGUGGACGUGUUCAGCCCGAAGAAGGGGAGCGCGGCAGAAGCAUAA